CUCCCUGCAGCCAAAGGUCUUUUGUUCGAGGCGAACUGCUUGGAAACCGCCCACAGGAUACAAAAGCAGAAUAUUCAACGAGGACAAAGUUGCAGAAUUUUUAUUUCAAAUUCCACCAUAAAAUAUCAAUUGUGUUCGUAAUUGGUCCUGCAUUAAUUGCUUGCUUUGAAAUAGUUUCUCCUUGUUCGGAUAUUCACAGUAUGUGCGUUUGCGACUCUGAGAAGGACUCCCAUCCGUCUAAAUUGCAAUGUAUGUAUAUUAUUUGUUUGCAUCUAAGGAGCAUUUGGAAUGUCUUUCAGAAUCAUUCAUAGUUGCAAGCGAUUCGUAGUCACUCAUUUUGUAAUACAAUAUCUUCCUUAUGUAAUUUUCGAUGUAAAAGUUGCUGAGCAAAAUAAACAAAUAAUCCACCCUGUCGACUACGAGGAAUACGAGUGGAGACGUUAAAAUGGCGUAGAGGAUAUUCGACGCCGGUUCAAGUUGCUCGCACUAUUAACUCGGAAGAUACCACUCGUUCGAAGGUUCGACUUACACUGAGUCUGGUGAACUUCCUCCAGCUAUUUAUACAUAUAAGGAAACAGACGUCGAACUUUUGAACGGAAUACGCAUUUUUAUCUAUUACGCGCUAAUCAUAUCAACACGUUGGACAUCCGUGGAUACUGAUAAACAUUUCGUCACGUGUUCGUCUUGAACUUCGGGAUAUUCGGUAUCCUCAUCCAACUGCGUUCUUAGAUGAGAUAAUGCAAUGCAACACUAUAGGUCGAUUUAUACGCGAUACAGUAUUAGUCUAUCGGCUGUAGACGUACCAUAACGAAUCAGAGGUGACCGGAUGACACUGCGUGGCGCCAAAACUCCAGUCGCAACAAUGUAAAACGAUUAUUCCAGUGACACAUAAUUUUUGGAUCUGAUAGACUUUCAUCUUUUAUAGUUUCUAGAACUGCUAUCGUCUAUACUAGAUUUCAUAAAUUUUUUUCAAAAAUGAAAAACUACGCUAUCCCUUAGUAAUAUAGGCUAUACUUUAUUUUGAUCUACAACUUUCCUUUUAGCGAAGAAAACCAUAAUUUUAAUUUGAACAUUUUUGAACGUUGGGCACAAGAAAAACUUACAGAAAGUGGUGGAUUCUAGAAUACAGGGCUCCCGGGUUUCCCGGAUGAACUAAAAGUUGGCCCUACCAAGUGUUUCAAGGACUACAGAGUUGCACAUGUGGGAAACACAGUCUAGAGAGGGUACGAUGGACGAUAAGGGGUCGGUUGAAAAAAAAAAGGGAACGAAGAAGGAACGAACACUGUUGUAUUAGAUAAAAAUACAGCGACGACAUUUGAAAAUGGCCUAAUGUAACUCAGACCGCCUUCGAAAUCAGAUGAAACGAUUGCUAACAAUGGGACAAUUGUUUCUUUGUGUUAAGUAAACAGUCUCCAUGGCGCACGUGAUCGUCAGAGUAUCUUAUUACACUUGAACGAUUAACGAAUUCUAGAAAUACGAUCGGGUACGUUUCAAACUGAAAGGUUCAGUGCUACGCAGUUUGAGAAUUUGCUAAACAAAACGUUAAUAUUUUUCACUCGAGAGAACAUUCAUAAAAAUGACAAAUUGGAAAAUGUUUUGUUUGCGGGACCAACUGGAAGGCAUCGAAGUCUUUUAAGAACCAAAUGCAUUUUAUACGAGCAAAAAUUAAUUGAAUUUGAUUUUCCCACGGGUAUAUAACUUAACCCCUUCUUCAGCCACAGGAAGAGCUACGGGUCAUAUUUUCACUCUUAUCUAAAACUGCCCUGUUGUUCUGUUAUCUUUUACACGAUUUACUGUUAUAUUUAUUGCAGACCCUCGCCACAAAAGUACUCAAAAGUUCCAACACAAUUACAAAAGAGACGUGAGAAUUCACGAUAAUGACAUUCCUAGGAAACCUAUCCAUUGCAAAAAAAACUCGACCGACUAAAAUGUAACAAUUUUGUAAAGUACUUCACGCUAUUGAUCAAUCGCGACGAAUAUGACGUUGAAUCAAACAGGACUCGUGGAAUACAAUUGACACGAAUUCGAAUUCACGAAACGAAAAUGAACGAGUCGAAUCUAAUAUCAUUUCAAAACUCACAAAAUAUUAGACCCGUGUAAUUGCGGAUUAAAAUGACAACGGAUGGAUCAUUGAAGAUUCUGAUAGCUGGUGCCGUCGGUGGCUUAUUUAACGUGAUCACUGGUCAUCCAUUAGAUACAAUUAAGGUACGAUUGCAAACGAUGCCACACGCGUACAAGGGCACAUGGGACACGACUAAGAAACUUGUCCUGCAAGAAGGACCCUGUAGCCUGUAUAAGGUACAAAUUUUAAUCGGUGUAAUGGCACCAGUCAUAAUGGCUGUACCGAUAUUCGCUCUUGGUUUCCUUGGUUUCGGAUUCGGUAAGGAGCUCGUUUCUGAACCACACCAAGAAUCUUUGACUGGCACACAAAUGUUUCUUGCGGGGAUGUUCAGUGGAGCGUGCACCUCGAUUAUUUCGGCUCCUGUGGAACGAAUAAAGUGCUUACUGCAAAUCCAGCUCAAUUUCUUCACUGUAAUUGCUGGAAAGUCUUCUCACCUCACACAGGUAACAGCAUGGCAAUCAAUGAUGGCAGGGGGUUGCGCAGGAAUGGUGCACUGGGCAGUGGCGCUUCCCGUCGAUACGGUAAAGUCGAAGCUGCAGACGUCUCCUCUAGGACAUUAUCCACGAGGAUUCAGAUCUGCGUUCGUGGAAACUGUGAAAAAAGAUGGUUUAUCUAUUCUUUAUAACGGGAUCGUGCCGGUUAUGCUUCGCGCGUUUCCAGCGAACGCUGCAUUCUUUUGCGGUGUCGAAGUAACAAUGAAAUUUUUGGAUGAGCACGCUUCGUGGAUAUGA